AUGGGCAGCUAUACAUUCAAGUGGGAGCAUCCCGCCGAAGAAGUGUUCGUCACCGGCACUUUCGACAACUGGACAAAGAGCGAGCAGUUGGCCAAGGUUGGCGAUGUCUUCCAGAAGAAUGUCUUUCUGAAAGAUGCCUCGCAGAAAAUAUACUACAAGAUAUACCAAUCCCCUUUCUCCCCAUCUCAUGCUGCAUCCGCGACCGUCGUCGAGCUUGUUUGCCAGCUUCAAUGCGCCGUCCAUCCCAUCUCUCGAUCUGAUCCACUGGGGGCUAGUGCCUCCCUUGUUCGCAAUGCCGCAGUAGACGCCCGCCCAAUCAAGCCGCCCGUUGCCGUCUACGCACACGAUCCCACAAGAUGCCAUUCCAGCUGCGGCGCAAACCAUUGGAGACGGAUCAGCCAGGCAGAGCUUAGCUGGAUCGGAUUGCGUCCCUUGAUGGCGGCUCUGCGAUGGGAGGCCUGUCGCUGGGCUGGUGCUGGCUCUGGCUCUCGUCGCGGCUUGUUCGCAGGCUCUGCAGCGGUUUGCGCAACUUGCCGAAUCCCCCACGGCGCUGUCGCAAUCGUUCGGUACGGGGGCUGUGACGCAGCGCAACGCAACGGCUCGCGGGGUUGGACGGUUGGUGCUGAUAACAGCGCUGGUCAUCCGACUCACCAAUCCUUUCUCCUUCUUCCGCCGACGCCUAGCGCUCGCCGGCCGCGACCACAGCCCGGUGUAGCGGUGAGAUUCCGCGGCCUUGCUUUGCGCCACAGCCGCAAUGACAGUGGUGAUCUCCCCAAAGUCGUCGGUUGGCCUGAUUGGCGCGCUGCCAAAUACGUCGUUGACGGAGACUGGACCGUAAACGAAUCUUCCCCUAAGGAGGCUGAUCUCGAGGGCAACGUCAACAACUUCAUCACACCCGAGGACAUUCUCACAUCCGACCCCGCAGCUGCUUUCAUCAGCACCGUUACUCCUCAGUCCACCACCGCUAAGAUGGCGAGCGAGCAGCCCAUUGACCAGCCCGAGGGAACUGCCACCCCCUCCGACGUCCCUGGAGGCUUCCCGAUUACCCCCAGCACUGAGCUGGAUAAGCCCAUCAGCGUCAACCCUCUGCCCGCUGCCGCUGGUGCCGUCAACCCCAUCAAGCUUGCGCCUGGUGAGGAGGUUCCGGCUGUCGGCAUUGAGAGCACCAAUGAGCACGUCAAGCUCGAUAAGGAGUCUUAUGAGAAGAGCGAUGCUCUUCCCGGUCUCGAGGCCACUGACCUGCCUCCUGUCACCAGCAACUUGAUUCCCGAGUCCAGCCUCCCCGUCGUGGCCGCUCAGGACGUCCAUAUCAGCACCAUCAACCCUGGUGCCACAACCGUCGGCCUGGCUGCCGAGGUUCCUCUGGAGGCCGCCAAGGUCCCUGAGGUCGUCAAGGAGAGCCAGGAGAAGGCAGGCGUCGUGCCCGAAGCCGCUGCUGACCCCAAGGAGGUCGUGGAGAAGGCCCAGGUUGAGGAAGAGCUCAAGGAGAAGGUCACUGAGGCUCCAUCCACCUCUGAGGGCACUGCUGGUGUCGGUACCGAGAAAUCGGAAGCCGACAACACCGAUACCCUUGCUGCUGUUGCUGCUGCGGCCGCCUCCACUGGCGCUGCUGUCGUCGCUGCUGUUGUCGCCGCCACGGAUAACGCUGUCGAGGCCGCGACACCUGUUGUAAACGACACCGUUGCGGCCGCUGCCGAUGCCGCCAACAAGAACCUUCCCGACUCCGUCAAGGAGAACCUUCCUGCACCCAUUCAAGAGACAUUGGCCUCGCAUGAGGCUGCUGCCAAGGAAGAGACACGAGAGGAGGUUUCUCCCGAGGUGCCCGCCGAGGUCAAGGAGUCAAUCACUGAGGCUGGCAAGAGCCCCGAGGCUGCUGCCAACACCGCCGCUGUCGAGGAGAAGAAGGAGGUUGAGGCUGAGCUGCUGAAGGAGGUCAAGGCGGUCCCCGCCGUUGACGAGUCCAAGGCUGAAGAGACCAAGGCUGAAGAGACCAAGGCCGAGGAAGCCAAGGCUGUGGAGGCCGCGCCUGUUGUCGCGCCUCUUACCGCGCCUAUUACUUCUGCUACCAUCACUGAUGUGCAGGCAAUCGACAGCCCCGUCACUGAAGUCAGCAACGUUCAAGUGACCAAGACCGAAAUUCCCAUCGAGGAGGCCCAGAAGGAUAUCCACGUCGUUGAGGAGCCCACGGCUGUGGUGGCCAAGACUGAAGAGCCCAAGACUGAGGAGCCCAAGGUCGUGGAGCCCCAAGCUGAGGUGGCCAAGACCGAGGCACCAACCACCACAGUCCCCGUCAUUGAUACAACGGUUGCUUCCGAGGCUCCCAAGACCGACGCCGCCGUUGAUACUCCUGUAACCGAGACCGACAAGACAGAGGUCCCUCCCACUGAGGCUGGCACUGAGGCUGGCACUGAGGCACCCACCAAGGCCAACGGCUCGAGCGGUUCUCACGAUGAUAAGACGUCUGAGAAGAAAAAGAACCGAUUCAGCGCCUUCUUCAGCCGAUUCAGACACAAGGUCUCCAACUAA